AUGUACAAUUUUAAGUUUAACCAUAAACAUGAGAUUUAUUUUGGUUGUCUAACUAAUGAUUUGGAUGAGACAAAAGCAUUUGAUGAGUGGAUUCUUAAAAUUGGUGAAGGUAAUACUGGCGGCCCUAAUGAUGGUGAAGCUAAAACUGAAUUUCCAAAAGACGUUGUUGUUCGCUUUAUAGGUGACCAUAUUCAUUCAAUUGUAUCCACCAUUUAUACAUCCUUUGAAAACCAUCUUGAUGAUCAAUCAUAUUUUCAAGAUAAAGCUAUUUUGGUCCCUACAAAUGAAGAAUUUGAUGCUACCAAUGACUACAUUUUAGGAUUGAUGAAAGAUGAAGGGAAAACAUAUAUGAGUUCAAAUUCUUUACGUGAUACAGAGUUACCAGGUUUUUUUUUGAGGAAUCAAUCUACUCUUCAGUUGUGUUGA